AUGGACGAUAGCAAGGAGUACAUUACUCUGUUUGCCACAAAUCCUUCAGGAAAAAACUGUCGCUCAAGUUUAGAAGGUGUCUGGAACUUUCACUACAUGAACAAACUGAAAGCCUAUGCUGGCGAGUGCAUCAACCCAGAGGCAAACAUAACUGCUUGUCAAAAACCCGGAACACAGUUCUUUAACAUCAAUCAGCAGUUUAUUAUAAACUACCGAAAGUGCCCCAACUCACCUGACACUGAAGACGCCGAGGUGCAGUACAAGUGUCUUGGUGAUUGGUACGUCGGAAAGAACCACUACUUUGCCGUUCUCAACUCGAGGGAAUCACGAAUUGAGGAGAAAUACCGAUGUUUUUUGGCCAACCGCGACGACGACCAGUUUCUCUCUGUCUCAAUCACUCCCGAGUGCAACACAUUAAAAUCGCCCCAAGAAGGUCCAGAGAGACUGCGUCUGAUACCGGUGAAGACGGAGACAGUGCCCGCCAAGUGCACGCUACCUGCCAACUUCACUGGGGAAUGGGUCAACACUGCAAACUUUGACGCUAUGGUGCAGAUCAACUCGACAAUGAUGGUCGAAAAGUGGCGCCCUGAUACCGGACGGGUUAAACAGGAGAUAUUCGUGUGCCAAGAGCAAAGAGGCAGUCGAUUUGUGAUGGCGCGUCUCGGAGUCAACGGAUGUCAAAAAGACUACGUUUGCUUUGACUUUGUGUCACGUCACCAGAAUGUUAUUCGCUACCGAAAGGGUCAGCCGAUGAUCACCGAUAAGUUUGCCACUGUUUGUGCCUGGGCUAUGUUCAACUCUGACCAGGAAUGGAAGUACGACAUUCUCAUUGCAAAGAAUCCAGUCUCAGUAAAGUGUCCAAUUGGGGGCAAAUUUCGAUUCAAGCAGCAGGGUGACAUUCUCUUUGAGACGCGAAUCCGCGGUGGUGUGACGCAAUCACCUCGUCCCAAUGUUUACUGCAAGACAAACAUUUCCGACUUUUCCGUCUGCGGCUCAGACAAGAAGCUGAUCAGCAUUGACGCCGACUACUGCCUUUCGGUGGAUCAGUUCGGCUACCCAGUGGACAUCUACAGUCAGCCUGACUAUCAGAUGCAGUGCGUCGCCUUCUGGAAGGAGAACCUCAAGUCCUAUCUGAUCACCUACGACAGCUUCGACGCAUACAGUCGAUACCGCUGUUGGGUGUACCAGCGAGCAGACCUCAACAUUAUUCUCAUGUCCAUGUCAGUGGGCGCCUUUUGUCACAUCAAACAGGACGUCAGAAGUGGCCACUCUGCUCACGGGGCGCAGGUGGCACUCGAAAUGAUUGAAUCUGAACGGGAGCAUGAUGACUGUCCACUGUAUUUCGACGAUGGCACAAAUCCGUACAAAAACAUGGCAGACUAUGUCACCGUCUUGCGGCCUCGCACAACCCGAGACGCCAAUGUUGCUCAUAGAAGUCUGCUCUCCUUUGCGGCAAUCUUCUUUUGUUCUCUCUUCACAAUGAUUGCCGUUUUCCGUCGACAUUGA